GCACACGCCCCACCUAACCGGAUAUAGCGUCUCGUUUGACCUUCCUUUUUUGCUCCAGUUACGUUUGACAUGAUUUUCGGACUUUAUCCGCGGUGAAAUUCUUCCCGAUGGGAGCGUAAAAUGCAAAUUCUCAUUUUGUAAAUGGUAUCGCCGUGCAGGGUAAACCAAGGGAACAAUGGUGAAAUAUUUCUGCUGUACAGGUCUGCUAAAAAACACCUGGGACCAAGUCUGUGUUGCUUUCUGGCAACGAUAUCCCAACCCUUACAGUAACCAUGUCUUGACUGAAGAUAUCAUUUUCCGAGAGGUUACCCCAACCAACUGCCUCAUUUCCAGGCGUCUUUUGACCAAAACUAGCCAUGCCCCUCGCUGGAUGGAGCGCUACCUUCCAAAGCACAUGGCCAGCUUGGCGUACAUCAUCGAGGACUCCAUCGUGGACCCUCAGAAAAGGACCAUGACCACGCUCACGUGGAACAUCAGCCACGCUCGCCUAAUGUCUGUAGAAGAGCGGUGUCACUACAGAAUUAACCCUGAGAAUGGCAGCUGGACCGAGAUUAAGAGAGAAGCUUGGGUCUCCUCCAAUGUCUACGGGCUCUCUAGAGCUAUUCAGGAAUUUGGGCACGCAAAAUUCAAGACCGGUGUGACAAAAACCAUGAAAGGCUUCGAGUAUGUGCUUGCCAAAAUACAAGGUGAAACUCCAUCGAGAACUUUAGCGGCGACGGCUACAUAGAGGGCGAGAGAGACGGCUCUGGCUGCUAAAGAGAAAGCCAAAGACCUCGCCUCGCAUGCCCAGAAGAAGCAAUACGUGUGACAAGCU